AUUUGCCGCAUUCGGUAAAGAUAGCAGAUUCGGCUGGGGUCAUUCCUUCCGGCAAUAAAGUUGCCACGUACGUUAUGCUUCUCAACAGUGCAAUUGAUAAAAAGAAAAAGUGAGGAAAUAAAAUGUAGGCGAACAAAACUGAAUGAACAAGAUUCCCAACAAUACCAAUCUGGGAUGAAAGGAAUAAGUUAGCGUGGGAUGUUUUAGGGAGAUGGUCAAAAAGGAACCAACUUAUAAGUUCACUUCUUCUCCUUGAAGAAAAAGAUUUAGGAAAACCAAGCACAUAGUUUAACUUAACAUUUAAUUCAAUUCAAUUCUAAUAUCAGCUUCCUUAUAUAACUGAAUUCAUAUGAUCAUUAAAUGAGAAAUUACAACUCAAUAUGAAGCCAAUACUACUCAAAGCUGGUAUACCUAUAGCAUUCUCAUUCGCUGGUUUCAUCUUGUCAAUGAUCACAACUAGAAAAAGAAUACAUUCUAAGAGUUCUUCAUCACACACCUCAGAUGAAACAGGUUCUGAUUCUACUAAUUCAGAAGAAGAAGUAGUGACAAAUACCCACCUUCUCAAUCCAUUAGUAAGUUUGCAGAUUCAAGAUAGACCCCGGUUAGAAGAAGAAAUGUUAGGCUUGAAACAUUUGGUUAAUUCAUUUCAGAACCGGGAGUUGGAGCUGGAAAGGCGGUUUAUUCGGUACUGUGGAUUAAAAGAGCAGGAAUUAAAAGUUAGUCAAUUACAGAACUUGUUAGAGUUGGAGCUUGCUCAUGUUGAGUUCUAUAAGUUGAUGGUUGAGUUUAUUGAAUCAGAGAACAAGCGGUUUGGACAUAUGGUUGUUGAGUACCUUAAAAUUGGUGGGAGACUAGAGUCUGCAAAUACGAAAAACUGUUUACUUGAAAUGAAAGUAAAGAAGCUGUUGAGUGCAAGCAAGAAAUAUACUCAUGCUGCAAGCAAGCAGGCACUGAUGCUACGAGCCAAGGAAGCUGAGGUUUCGAGAAAUCAAGAAAAGUUGGAACAAAAGGACAAUAUGAUAAACGAUUUGGAAAAUGAAAUUCAGGAGCUAAAACAAAUUCUUGAUCGAUUAGAGGAUGAGAAGAGCACCUUGACAGAAAAACUGGAGUUGGCAGAAUCAGAGAAGAGCACCUUGACUGAGAAAUUAGAGUUGGCAGAAUUAGAGAAGAACAGCUUGACAGCGAAAUCAGAGUUGGCAGAAAUCUGUGCCUCAUCAAUCCCAAAGAUUGCGGAGGUGUCAACUGCAGAACAUCAAGAGGACCAAUUGUUAACUGAACUAGAACAACUUCGUAACCUAGGAUACACUUGUUCAACGAAGAAUCAAGAACAGGAAAGCCAUGAACAAGAGGAUAAACAUAAUCCAUUAGAAUUGAACUUCAAACAGAAAUAUGAAGAGAAUGAUCAUCACCCAGGUUAUGAUUCCGACAAUUAUUCUAUAGAUACUACAAAUGAUGAGUCAUGUACACAUAUAACCACUGAUAUGAAUUACCAAAGAAAACCAAAACUACUGAAGAAGUUGAAACGAUGGAUGAUAGGGCAUGAGAAAACAAGCAAAGGAUACUCGCCAACAUGUAAUGAAGAAGGAGAAGAUUAUCAAAAUAAAUGUUUUGGUCGACAUUCUGUUUCAUACGAAGCUAAUGAGCAACUUGUUGCUGGGAAGAAAUCUAGCUCGAGUUUAUAAAAUACAUGGAUUUUCUUUCAAUUGUAAAUCUUGCUAAUAAAACUGUAAAUUUCUUAUACUUGGCGUGUGUAAAUGUGUUAUUAUAGUUCAUGAACUUCAAGCUUCUUAUUAUCUAGCUGAUGGUCUGAACUACAUAUAGAUUUUCAAUAAAGAGACA